AUGUCACUCACAGCUACUUUCCGCAAGGAGGCCGAGGACCUCGUCAAGGAGCAGAUGGCCGCUUAUGAUCCUUCUCAUGACUGGCUCCAUGUCGAUCGUGUCCGCAGACAAGCAUUGAAGAUCGCAAAGGAAGAAAGCACCAACGGCAAGACAAUCGACAUCAAGCUCAUAGAACUUGCAGCCCUGUUCCAUGACAUUGGCGAUGCUAAAUUCCACAAAGAGGGCCAACCCACCGGUCGCGAGAUCGUGAUGGCCUUCUUGGCCAAGCACGAUUACGCAAAGGCAGAUAUUGUUGCCAAGAUUGUUGAAAAUGUUUCGUUCCGCAAGGAGUUGGCCGGGAUCAAGAACGAGUGGGCCGAGUCCUGCAUUGAGCUUCACAUUGUCCAAGACGCCGACAAGUUGGACGCCAUUGGUGCCUUUGGUAUCAUGAGAUGCGCGGCAUACAGUGGAUACAAGAACCGGCCCCUGUACGAUCCUGCCGAGAAGGCACAGCUGAACAUGACCUAUGAACAGUACCAGGCACAGACAAAGGCCAACACUGGCUGUGCUAUUAGCCAUUUCCAUGAGAAAUUGUUCCGACUUAAGGAUAUGAUGAAGACUUCUUCUGCGGUUAGGAUGGCUCAGAAGCGUCAUGAUGUUAUGGUGGCCUUUGUUGAGCAGAUUGAAGAGGAGUAUUCCAUGGACGAAUAA